UUCAGUAGAUUUCGGGACAUCGUGCGGAUCGAACGUCUGGCGCUGCGUUCACGCGACUCGUACGCUGCAAGGAAUCAGUUACCAGUGACCAGUAAACAGUGAUCGGUGAAUGUGAAUAGUGACUAGUGAAUGAGACAGUGAACGAGUAACAGCCCGAAAAUUGUUGCAUUUACGAGAAAUCGCAUGGAUAUUGAAAAAGAUACUUGAAGAAGAUGCGAAGACUCGACUCCUGACAGAGUCCAGACCUAGAUCCCCAGUCCAGAUCUGCAGAUCCGCAAAUCCGAGUCCUCGGGCAGGACAAAGGCCACUUGAUGAGCGACCGGAGCGCUCAGAUCUGAUUUGCAGGAUUGGAACAAGGCGAACGAUAACCAUAACUGGAAGAGCUGCAACAGUAAUUUGAAUUUGGAAUGCACCGGAGGGAACGAGAGCGCUGCAAAUUGUGUACAUAUUUUGUCUCUGUCUGUUUCCGGUCGCCUGCCAUUGUGUGCGUUUGCUUGAGCUUGUGCCUGUGUGUGUGAUUGUGGGUGUAUUUCGUGUAAAUAAAUGCUGUGCAAAAACAGAAACAGCAACAUCAGAAGAAACAGGAAUAACAAGCGAAAUGGCAAAAAGUGCAGUUAAGCGUGGAAAUUGCAUUAAAAAUUGAGCAAAAAAAAAUUGCGAAAACAAAAGGCGGCGAAAAGACUAAAAACGGAACAAACAAAGACGCAAAACGAAACGCUGGAGUUAACGAGCGCUAAAAAGCAAAAAAAAAAAAACAACAAAAAUCGAGCAAAAGCCACCAAAAAGACAGACACACCAACAUACAGAAAGACAAAAAGAGUAAAGUUUUGAUUGAAAUUUUCACUGUGCUUUCAUCCAUUCUGGAUUGUGUAAAUUUCUGAUUAAGGAACAAGACACCAUCAACAAAAACGUGCGGCGCGAAACGUAAUAUAAUAUUCCCCGAAAGGAUUCCAAUUAACUCGAUUUGAUCCAGCGUAACUUUGGCAUCAAAUCAAAUAUCAAAUAUCGCAGAACUUCUCUAAUCGAGCAACAAAUCACUUUGCAGUUCGAGUUACCUUUUUUUUUGUCAUGACAGUUCGGGCCUACAUUCUGCUAUAUUUUUUAUUGUUUAUGCACAACAAGAUCGCCGCUUGCGGUUCCCCUAGCCAUAAACACACCUAACUGAUAGCUCUUACACAAAAUUGAGCCGUGAACACUGAAAUUCAAGUGCGAGUGAGUCGUGCAGUAAAAGUCAAAGUCAGCAGUAAGCAGUCAGCAGUCAGCCCCACCUAACGUCCACACGAAACACCCCGAGAACUCGGGUCGUUGACAAAGUAACGCAUUUAGUGAUAAGGACGAAACGACUUGCUGGCAAAAUGAGCAGCCAAAACAGGAGCAAAAGGAGCAGCAGGAGCAGGAGUAGCAUCAGCACCAGCAUCAGCAGCAGCGGGAGCAGCACCAAGAUUGCCCAACUAUUGCUCCUUAUCGGCAUCGCAGUCGCAUCUUGUUUGCCGGGAUCCGAGGGAUUUCAGCGAUUCUCGGAGCAGCCCAAGUACACGGAGGUGAAUCCCGCCGAGGACACGCUGCUCACAUGCAAAGUAAUCGACAAGCGCGGCACGUGCUCCUGGCAAAAGGAUAACAAGCCCGUUGGCAUCUAUACAAAGAAAUACGAAUGGGCCUCACGUAUGCCGACAAGCGACAAUGGAAAUGUCCUGCAUCUGGAUCUCCAUCCGCCGCCGGUGCAGCUCGGUGGCGACUGCUCCCUCUGGAUCCGCUCCGCCACACUGGACUUUGACGACGGACUAUGGGAGUGCCAAGUGACGGCCAGUGACUUCACCACGCAGGAUGCCCUCACCAGCCAGCCGGUGCGGCUUGUCGUACGUGUGGCGCCACAGCGGCCGAGGCUCGAAUACGAGGCGGUCCACGUGCCGCCGGGACACAACAUCACCGCAGACGCCGGCGCCCUGGCGACGGUCAAGUGCAUCUCGCAUUACGGCAAUCCGCCGGCCACCCUCAAAUGGUUUUUGGGCGACCAGGAGAUCUCGCCCAUCCACCCGCAAAUGAAUGCCACCGAGCCGGAUAAUCCACGCACCUGGUCGGCCACCUCGGUGGUGCAGGUGUCGGCGAUGCGGGAGCGCCACGGAGAUAUACUGCGAUGUGCCGCCUACCACGAGUCCUACACAGCCAAAUCGGUGGUGGUGGAGGCCAGGCUGGACGUGAAAUACGCGCCGAGCAUCCGUCUAAUUGGCUCACCGGAAAUCGACUUGGAGGAGGACAAGGAUGCCCUGGUCCUGCGCUGCGUGGCCGAUGCCAAUCCGCCGGCCAGCAUCGUCUGGCGGCGGGCAGGUCGCUCCGAGAUAGCCAGCUUGCAGGAAACACUGCAAUUGCGUCCCGUCGGGCGUCGCGAUGCCGGAUUGUACACCUGCCAGGCACAGAACUCGGUGGGCACCUCUGAGCAAUUGUCGGUGCAGUUGGAUGUGAAAUAUCCCCCCAAAAUUAUUUCAGCUGGUCCGGAUCGCCUUACCACCGCCCCGCUUUUUAGUCCUGCAGCCUUUGAGUGCCUGGCUGAUGGUAAUCCCCUGCCAUCCUUCAAAUGGGUACAGAGAAUGGCCCAUGGAUCCAAGUACGUGGAACGGGGCUCCGAGUCCAGAUUGGUCAUCGACAACGUCACCUACGAAUACCAGGGCGAGUACGAGUGCCGGGCCACCAGCUACAUCAAUGGCCAGGAGCGGGUGGCCAUAUCCGAUCCGGUGUCGUUGCAAGUUGUGGGUGCCCCGCAGGUCCUGCGUCUGCAUCCUUCCCUGCACACCGUCUCCGUGAAGCGAGGAGAGGCGGCCAGCCUGACAAUGGUCGUCUGUGCGGAUCCGCGGCCACAGCGAGUCGCCUGGGAAUGGGGAUCACUGCGUCUGGAGGCCGGCUCGGGCAUCGAUCGCUUCCGGGCCGAUGACAUGCAGCCGGACACGCGGGAGGAUUGCUACCUGUCCACCCUACACAUCCUGCACGCGGACGAGCACGACUCCAGGCCCUACUACUUGGUGGUGGAGAACGAGCGGGGCACCGAUCGUCAUGCCAUACACCUGAUUGUGGAGGGUACGUUUGCAGAACCCUACGAGAUGAGCUAUCUAAUGGGCGUGGCCGGGGGCUGCAUGGCCGCCAUCCUUUUGCUGGUUUGCCUCUGUAUCUAUGCGAUCAAGAGCAAGAGAUGCUGCUUCAAGGGUUCCACGGGCUAUAAAUCAUCGGAUAAAGACAGCGAGAAAGCUGAUUUGAAAUCACGCUCGGAUAGCACGAGUGGCCCUCAAGGUGAUUCGAUUUACACCACGCCAGCGGGCUUCCAUCAUCACCAGCAGCAGCAGCAGCAACAACAGCAGCAGCAGCACGCAGCAGCAGCAGCAGCCGCUGCCCUACAUGCCGCAUCCCAGCAUCCGCAGCAACAGUACCCGGGACACGGAUCACCGGAGGCAAUGAAGGUACGCAUGGCUGCAAUGAUAUUACAACCGCCCACUAGGGUCUAGCAGGCAAUUGAUACCACUAGCGAAUCCAACGAACAGCUAACGCAACAGCAACAACAAGACGAUAACAAAAACAAAAACAAAAACGAAAACGAACACCAAAACGAACUGACAGACCAACACACAACAUCGAACGAACAGCGACUUGAUGACAGUAGUGUGAGCCACAACAACAAUAACAACCACAAAAUCAGUUCCACAUCGACUACUGUCCUGACCAAUAGCGAUAAUAACAACACCUCAGAGGUGGCCAAAGCCAGCGAUAGCAGCAACAGCGAGGGCGGCAGUUCGCUGACUAGCAGCAAGACCAGUAGCAGCAAGCGUGAUCUCGAGAACAAUAUGAACAGGGACAUUAAGCCGGCGACGGCGCCCAAGUUGCUCCACCUGAAUGUGACUAGUGGGGAGCAGCAGGAGCACCAGCAACCGGGUCCAGUGGAUCCCUUGCCAGUGGGUCCACUCACGCCCGAGGAAACGCAGGUGCUGCUCCAGAAGCUGAGCAUCAACAAUCCGUUCUACCGCUUCCGCAAGCAGAGCAACUCCUUGAAGGAGCUGCGGCGCAAGACGGGCUCGGAUGCUCCAUCAGUCCGCUCGCGAUCCGAAACGGAUCUGGGGCAAGUUAGGGGACAGCAGUUAAUGCCACACCAGCAGCACAGUGAAGCCAAAGUUGUAGUUGUACUAGAUAGUAAGCAGAAGGAAGUAGCCAUUAGUAGGCCUAGGAGUAGCGUUAGCCUUAAGACUAGAUCCGUAAGCAGUUUAAGCCCCUCCACCAAUCAGAUGGGAGACAGCUCCACGGUGAUCACGAAUCCCUUCUCCAUUUUCCACGACGAUGAGAUCCUAACGCUGAGCGUUAAUACGCGUCUGCGGAGUGCGGCGAACGCCAGGAGUUCCCGACCCCAGAGGCAGGGUCGUGGAUUGCGAAGACUUUUCGAGUCCAAUCGUAGCCAGAAUCCCCCCUCCGAGCACCACUAUCUGCACGGAGUGCCAGUGCGGCGCUUCGAACGGCAGGACUUCGACAAUGACUCGGGUGAUUUGUUGGGCAGGAGGACAAACACCUCGAGUGGCAAGCCCAAGCGUUCGAGGGCCAUUUUCAAGCAACUUUCCCUAAGAAAACUGCACAACCGCGCCGCCGCUGAGGAGCCGCCAUCGCUGCCCAAACUGAAACUGAGCUAUCCCAAUAGGACGCACAGCAUUCAGAGCAUGCGGGCUUCGGGCGGUGGCGGCUAUGACAUCCAGCACACCACCGCCUAUCAUCCAAGACUAAAUCACUCUACAUCGCCGGUGACCAAGGCAAAUUACUUUGAGCGACUGCAGGCGAAGACACGGCAGGGUAUCCAGAAAAUACGCGACAAGUGCCGGAACUUCAAGACAACCACCGGUGAAGGGGGAUCCCUUGGUGGUUCAGAGUUCAGUGGCUUUCAUACUCUGGCCAAGGAUGAGAGCUUCCGCUUUAUCAGUGAUCGGGCAAACAUCUCCAGCUACGAAUCUCGCUGCAAACAAGCGACCAUCUACAAGAGCUACAAAUCCGAGAUUGAUCUCAGCAAGAACCUGCACUAUUUGGAUGCCUACUUGGAGCAAAACUUUGAUCACCAGCUGAGCACCACCAAGCAGUCGGCCCAUUCAGUGGGUCGUGUAAGUGGAGCCCAGCGGAAAGCUCUAGCUAAGCAGCAUGAUCCUACCCCGGAGACUCCCCGCCCUCCCAGGCACAAAAGGAGUCAAUCGCAGGCAGCCAACUAUGGUGCUAAUUACGAGAACCUCGGCACUUUGCCCAUUGCGUCCAAGUCGAAGGUAAGGAACACUGCCCUCAACUCGGACUCGAUGAGCAGUUCCGACUAUGCCUCGGUAUUUAGUGGACCCACUACUAACCGGCAGGAACCAGAGGAGGAUCCAAAGGACUUUAAACUACGCUACGAGCACCCGGACAAAAUGUGCGAAUACUACUUUGACAACCUAACGAGCUACGCCCUGGCUUUGGAGGAGAGCGAGGACUUGCUGCUGGCGGAAAGCGCCAAAUCAGCAAGAUUCUUUUACGACGACGACGAGGAGGAUGACGAUGGCGAUGAGGCUGGGCUGGCGGUGGAUGGAUUGAGUGCCGAGGAUGAGGCGGCUGGCGGAAGGCCGGAUUACAUGGCCCGCGACAUACGCAUUCGCGUCAAAGUGAACGAAUGCGAAGACGCUGAUUGGCAUCAGCCGGCGAGUGCGACAUCCUAUAAUGAGAAUCUGGCCGAAAGCACAUUCUACCAGUCCCUCAAUCAGCAUCUGCAGCGCCAGGAGGUGGGCGAUGAAGUGGGGCUGGAGGACCAGAAUCUACUCGUUGGCGAACGGGGAGUUGGCGAGAACUACCUGGAGCACUUCCAGCGACACCGGGGCAGAAACUACGACAGGACCACGAACUCUGCGCACUAUCGGCGGGCCGAGUUCUACGGAUUCGGCAGGAGUGCCGGAGAAGGCGGCGAACAGCCGGAUGUGGACAGACAGCGACGGGCGGACCUGAUGGAGGCCCACUACGCCCGCAGCUAUCAGUCGGGGAGCAGGGCAAAGGGCAGGACAAGAGCCCAUGCACUGGAGAUGGAAAGACAGCACGCAGCAAUCCCGACUGCAGCAGCAACCGCAAUGCCAGCUGCAACAGGCAGUGUCAUCAAUUUGGCGCUGCCGGGACAAAGCAGCGAUGUACUCUAUGCCACCAGCAGCAAGCAGCAGAUAACGAUGCCGAUGCCAACCGCAGGGCCACAGUUCCAUCAGCCAAAGCCAGAGCCAGCGGCAUUAGCUGCAGUAGGAGCAGUAGCAGCAACAGCAAUGGCAGCAGGAACAGCAACUGCAGUAACACCAGCGGGAGGAGCAACAACAUUGGUCGCUGUCAGCUCAGCCGGAAAUGCAAACAAUCGCUAUAUGCUGGAGAAUUUGCGCAAAUACUAUGCGAAUCAGCACCAGCACCCGCCCGCCCACUCGGUCAACUCGUCCUCGCUGUCCAACUCCUCCUCGUCGAACUCAUCAAUGUCCCAGCAGCAGCAGCAGCAGCACCUAAAGCUCAAUCUGAACCUGCAACCCACCGCGCCCAAAGUGCAGCAACAACAUUUGGGCAACCGCCGUAACUCGAGCACUUCGAACGCCUCCUCGACCGCCGACAACUUCGACACCUUCAUAGCGUUGCGCAAUGCCACGGCAAAUACGAGCACGGAUUAUAUGGCCAAACAGCAGCAGCACCGACGCGGCACCCAGCAGCAGCAGCAGCAACAGCAGUCCGUGCCACUUACCUCUGCUCUGAACUAUUAUGGACACGGUGCCACGCCCACACUGAAUCCCGCCCUCGCCUACAAUGGCAAAUUAACGGCCACCGCAAUGUUGUCACAAGUAAAUUUAAGCCGAGCAACCGUACAGCCGACAGCAGCAGCGACGUCCAGCGUUGCGGCAGCAACAACCGUGCCACUGCUGCUGCCGCAUCAGCAACAUUCGAGGUCGACGUCCAAGGGAGAGGGAUUCAUUCUCGAGUACGAGUGUUAGCCCCCAAUCGGAAUGGAGGGGGAAUGGAGACAAUUUGUUUCUUUCUCGUUCGCUAUUUGUUUGCUUGGCCAAAAAUUACAAUUACAAAUUGGCACAUUCGCUUCUACGCUGAUUAGGACUCGUGUGUACAGAUAAGGAGUAUGUAAUAUAUGCCGAGGAGGGGAUUCGGGAAAGGAGCCAAUUAUUCGUAUCAUAUCAGACAGUGGGAGAUUAUAGGGCAUAGGGGGAUAGUUACUCGUUUGCAUAGGAAGAUGCUUAUCCACUUGAUUAUGCUAGGAGAUAAAUUAACGUAAACUACGACAAUAAUGCAACAAUUCAAUUACAAUUGAUAAAGAUACGGAUAAACGAUAACGCAUAGAGCAAAGCGUACAUUUAUUAGUCACAAUCUUAGCGAAGGUCACAUACAUUGAAGCAGCAUAAAUCAAAUUUAUAGUUAAAUCAAUUAAACAUCCGUGUUAAGCGUUCUCCUAAAUGUAUGUGUAUGUAUAUCCGUAAAGUGUAUAUGAACGUAAGUGACCCAUACUGUAUACUGCAUUCUAGAGGAAUAACGAAUUUUCCAAACGUACUUCAAAUUGAAAUUUUAUCAAUCGCCGGCCCAGUUUUGUUGUUCAGUUUUUCAUUAUACCAAAUCAAACUCGUGCAAAGUUACUAAGCAACGUACCGCAAAGUGGUACAGAAAUACAAUGAUAUUUACUAACUAUUUACGCUUAUAGUUAAAUGAAGGUUCAGAUACAAAUGCACUUGUAUGUGGAAUUGUAAAGGAAAAAACCGAGCACUCAGAGAUUCCACUCGAUUAAGCGAACCGAAAAUAAAAGCUUUGAACUAUUUUGUUAGCCAAAAUUGAUUUAAAGCGGUAGCCUUUGUGUUAUUCGCAUUGUAAAUACAACUACAACUAGCUAUUAUCGAGCAAGUCGGGCGAGUGCCAUCAGCGAUCGCCUUUAAUGAGCGUACAGUGCGUAUGCGCAAUAUUUUCCCAUUACACGCCCGCCCGAGUGUUUGAGUGUCGGUGUGUUGGUAACCACAUAAAUAUUUGUACAGCGGCCGAAAAAGGAAGCUCACGCACACGCACAGGCUGGAGAGUCACAAACAUGACGAUUGCUUUGGGACGACGACGCACAUGCAUAUAUAAAAAUUGCAAAGAGCUGGAAGAGGAAAAAACCAACGCUGCGUAUGUGCAAUGUAUUUCAUUUCCAUUCCACAACGCCGUCUGGGGGGGGGGCCUCCAUGCAAUUAUCUGUGUGCGCGCAAUUUAUCUCAUUUGCGGUUGAGUUAUUUCCGACUGCAGCAAAUAAUACUGCCAGCCGACGUCCAGAUCGCAUUGGUCGGCCGCCGUGUGUGUUGCCUUACUUUUUUGUGCUCCAGGACCCCCUGGCACCCAAAAGUCCACCAAUCUCCAUGUCCCCUUCGAAGCCCCCGCCUCAUAUGCCACAACACACUUUUCCGCUUAAUUUACUGGCAGGCGGCAGCUGCCUUCGCUGCAUUGUCAGUUGACAACAGCAAUUGCUGCAUAAUGCAUGCCCAGGACUCUGUGUAAGUUCUCCUGUCAACGUUUCUGUCCUCUCUCCAUUCUCCAUUCUCCUACGCCCAGUGCGAAUGUGUGUUUGCGUCCGUGUUGGCCAGGCUUAAUGCCUGAUGCCGCCUCAAUGGCUAUUUGCCCGUUCGCUACAAUAAUAAUUCAUUGGCUGCUUUAUGGCUGACCAUCAACUUAUCGGCACAGUCGUCUCCCAUCGCAUCUGUCGCCCUUCGUGAAACAUAUAAAUUAAUAAAAGUCAAAUUAAAAUUACAUACUUUGAUGACAGCGUAGGGUUGCGAUUGGAAUGAAACGGCGCUGGAGAUUGAGAUGGGAAUGAGGAUAUAGGUACGGCGACAUGUAUUUCAUCAUUAUCAGCGAUCGCUGACAUGAACUGCUUGCUCGGCUAUAAAUAAUUCUGUUGGUAUAUUUGUACCUCAGGUGCAUAAUUAUAUAUGUUCGAUAGCUUUUACUUCGAAACUUAGUUGUUUAAAGUGCUGACCAUCAAAUGUUUAUUUUAUUCGUAUAGUAAGACAGUGUUUGAGGAUAUGUUUUAUUGAAUUGAGUAGGCAAACGAAUUAACCAUAUCUAAUCAGAGAAUUCCGCCAGCUUGUGUUUCAUUUGAUGUGGUAAUGUGUGUUGCAAUAAUAUUCGAGAGCUUGUCAAUUUAGAAAGAUUUUAUUUACCGACUGAUGACCGAACCAAACAAUUACUGCUACAAAUACAGACACACCCGAUUUGAAAACCUGUGUUCAGGACUAGAACUGCCGCCAAGCGUGCAUUUUGUACAACUUGAACUUUUUCCACCUU